ACAGAGGUUAUCGCAUCAUCGUAUUACUAGUCGUCGCAUGUCCAUUCUCGUAAUUUCUUUUCAUCACCGAUUAUAACGUCUUAGUACGAUAAAUAAACUCAAAGAUUCUGCGCUACGCGUUUCGUUUGUUGUUUGAUUCGUUCUACUAUCUUUCAAAUCGUUAUAAAUAUGGAGAAAUUAAUUUUUUUUUCUGUUGUUGCGAGUGUUUUUCUCGCUACUGCGGUUCAAGCUUCUCUGCACGAAAAUGCGUCCGCGAUAGCAAAUCUUGCAAGUGGCGAUUGCAAAUGCGAGAAUUACAACUGUGGCUGUUGCCAACACAUCCAAUGGAUUGAAACAGGAAUCGAUGCAAACCUGUGUACCAAUUUCUCUUACCUGCCACAAGAUUAUGGCGUUUCUAUGACCAUCACCUGGAAUAAUUAUACAAUUUUGAACGAAACAUUCUCAGCAACAAAUCCGCCUCCACUAUGUUUCGGAAUACCGGAGUUGGAGAAGGUCAGCGCUUUGAUUUGCCUGCGGCUUUACGAAUUGAAAUUUUCAUCCGAACAUUUCCAUGGAUGCGCCAGACUCACUAUGAGCGUUUAUCACAUAUUGAAAAAGAGAAUAGAGCUUGGAUGUUUCAACAUACCGAACAGUUCACUGCGAGAAACUGAGGCACAAAAACUCCAUAAUGCAUUCUUGUUUGUAAAAGAAUAUCUGCACGAAUUGGAAUUUUUGAACAAUACUGGGCCUACAGUUAAUAUGAUUUAAAAACAACGAGGAAUGUUUUUUUUUUUUUUUUUAAAUUCAGUGAUAAAAGGAUUUUCAGGCGAAUCGAAUGCACAUUUUAUUUUCUCGUAUAUCGUAUCUCUGUAUUUCCACAAUUCUUAUAAGUUUCUGAUAAAUAAUUUAGCAAGUAUGAGUAUUAUAAUCCAUGAUAACGAGCACAAAGCAAAAGAAGAUUGAAUCGUAUAAUAAAAUUGGAAUAUUUUGCAUACAACAA